GUUAGAUCAACCAAAGUCUUCCAUCUCUUUACAAGUGGUACUGGCUGCCCCGCAUGCAGGGCCACCUGCACCGCAAAGCUAUCUCCAGCCGAGCUCUUCAACAUUCCUGCCAACAUCGCAUCCAACAUCAGCUGCUUCACCUAAGAUCCUUUUGCCUCCAGCGCGCUCCACAAACACAAGAUCCCUGGCUAUUCUGUUCCGAGGUGGGUCGUUUCGUUCGAAGAAAGCACAGGCUACCAACGAGGUGAACACCUCUCCGCUGCUCCAGAUGGUCACAAGUGAAAGCCACCAGAAACACAUCAUCCGGCCAUUACGCACUGCUGGAUGGGAAGUGGACAUUUUCCUGAUCACGUAUGAAAGCCGCUGGUCCCCUCUGCUCUUGAAGGUGUAUGCACCAGUGGCCCACCAAUUUACGGGUCCAUGCGCUGGGAAUGCACAGAUCUGCCAAGGGAAGCAUUAUCAUGCCGGCCUUGAUUUGGUUCGCCGUCAUAUAGCUCGUACCCAGGCCUCCUAUGCAUCUGUGCUGAUGUUUCGGUUUGACUUGAAGUGGAAGUUCAAUCUCCUGCAAAGUCCUGGCCUCAAGCGCUCACACCUUCAGAACCCCGGGGCUUCUGAUGAACAUGCCUUCAUCUUGGCAUUUCGACAGGGUCGGGUCUUCACGGACCAGGGUCACGUUGGUGUCAAUGCAAAGCGUCACAACCGCGGUGCGGACAUGAUCCUGUUCUUUCCCCAGUGGGUUUUGGAGUGCGUACGCGACAUGCUGGUCUGCACGAAUCGGCCCGCAGGGCACACGACUGCUUUGCUCUGCGACCAAGAUUACCGUCUGCAUUUCCUGAUGCCUGGCUACUACGAAGAGGGCAUCAAGCAUCAAGCCAACCCACUGUUUGACCAGCUUCCGAAGCGCUAUGACGUCGGCAAAAUUUGCCAGUCCUUGGAUGACUUUCGCUGGAUAGAUGAGGCCGGAACAUACUGCUGCGCACGGUCGCCUGCCUGGAACUGCGAGUGGAAGCAUGGGGCAAAUGUCUCUGGACCCGAUUCCACGUUCCUGGAUUGGAGUGAAGGUGAGCUGGAUGUCUCAAGUUGCUGGGAAACGCUGCAGCGAUAUGGACUU